AUGAACCAAUUAGAUCAAACAACUUACACCACACCACGUACACACACACACACACCUUUACUGGGUGCAACAAUACAACAACAGAGGAGAAGACUGCGAGAACAACAAAAAAGAAUUCUUUACGAGCCUCGCUCCGGUGCACGGUCAUCAAGUCAGCUCGUUCAACAUUCAAGAGGCAUCGAUGAUAAUAUUCAUUCAUUUGAUCAAACCGCCGACGAUGUCGAUGACGGAGAUGCAGACGACGAUGGAGACGACUUUCAUUAUGGGCCUGGGUCUGCAAGCCCCUGCAGUUCCCCCAUCUGAACUCCCUGCUCCCAUCAUCAUCAUCAACCUCCUUCUACUGGGAGGCCGCCCAAAACCAAAACCAGGCAGUCCAAAACCAAAGUCAAGAACGGCGGGGGAAGUACAAAAACAUAUUGCCAAAGUAGCAGCAACAGCAAAAGCAACUACGGCAACAUCAUCGGCCAACAACAGCAACACGAAGAAUCUCAACAGCAGCAUUAUGCAUCAUUACACUGA